AUGUCGAUCCGUCGAUGCCGCAUUUCUUCACCACGUCUCCAGGUGACUGACCACGCGUUCUUGGGUACAGGCGUUGGGUUUGGUGUGGCCGAAGCCAGUAUCGAGCAUGGCAUGACCGUGCACAUCUCGUCCUCGCAUCCAUCAAGGAUUGCGACCAAAGUCGAUCAGUUGAAGAGAUCCUAUCCUGCGGCCCGUGUGAGUGGGCACGUGUGCGAUCUCGGCACAAUCGACACAUUGGAGGUCAAUGUGAAGAGACUGUUCGACUCGGUGGGCAACGUCGACCAUAUCGUCUACACCGCCGGUGAUGCGCUUGCAGGAGUUGACAUCAGGCAGCUCGAUGUGGCAACCAUCACGAAGCUGGGCACCGUCAGAUUCUACGCGCCUUUGCUCGUGGCCAAAUACGCCCUUCAACACCUCACCCCGACGCCUUCCAGCAGCAUCACACUGACCACCGGGGCCGUGGCGGAGCGACCAAUCCCACAUUGGUCUGCUCUCAGUGCGUUUGCGGCGGGUCUACAUGGCAUGGUGCGAGGUCUCGCCUUCGACCUGAAGCCCAUCAGAGUCAACUUGGUCUCCCUGGGGGCUGUUGACACGGAGUUCUGGAAAAUGCCCGCCGAAGACAAACAAAAGAUCUUCAGGGUGAGAGAAGCGCAGUCGUUGACGGGCAAGAUUGGGCGAGUCGAGGACGUAGCGCAGAGCUACGUCUACCUCAUGACGGACCAGAACAUCACGGGCACUGUCGUUAGUACUGACAGCGGUAUGCUUUUGCUAUAG